AUGUCGGAAUAUUGGAAGUCGACACCAAAAUACUGGUGCAAGCACUGCUCGGCCUAUAUUCGAGAUACCGCUUUUGAGAAAAGACAACAUGAGGCAACUGCAAAGCAUCAGAACAAUUUGAAGCGCUUUCUGCGAGACAUUCAGAACAAUCAUGAGCAUGACGAGCGCGAAAAGGAGAAGGCCAAAGCAGAGGUAGAGCGUCUGAACAAAGUGGUGGGAAGUGCAGGACCAACCGCAACGUCAUCAGUUGCUUCAAAGCCUCCAGCUACCGUGCGUAAGACGCCCGCCGCGCCUCUCACUGCUACUGAUCAGAAGCGACAAUGGACCCAGUUGGCCGAGAUGGGUAUCGAAGUACCAGACAACCAUCGGGCCGAGAUGGCUAUGGCUGGCGACUGGAAAGUUGUGUCUCAGGCGACACCCAAAGAUAACAACGCCGCCCAGAUUGAUUCCCUUAGCGUUGGUGUGCACAAGCGCAAGCUAGAUGAACAGGAACAGGAGGACCUUGAGUCUGGUACCUCCCCAAGUGCCAGAAGAGUCUGGGGCAAGUCCGUCCGAACAUAUCCCGGUGAGGAUAUCCAGGACUUGGACAACCUGCUAUCUGGAACCAUCGCUUUGAAGGAGAAGAAAGAGGAAGAUGUGAAACGAGAACCUGCAACCGCCGCCCAAGCUUCGCUGGCCCCUAAUGCAUCACCGGUAGCCGGUUUCCCCGCUGACGACGCAAGCCUAGAAGCGAGUGCGAACGCUGCGUUGGCGAAGCAGGAACCGAACGUUGACUCGACGCCGCUAGUUAAGCCCGAGUUUGCAGCCGAUGGCCCGGAAACGGCUCGACUCAAUCAGAUCCCAGAGGACACGCCCAUCCCUGUCUUCAAAAGGAGAAAGGCCAAAACAACAUCUGCUAAAUGA